AUGGCUGAGGGAAAUCUAAAAUUCAAUAUCGCCGAAGAUCGUAAGUGCUCCAAUAGAAAUGUGAAUCAUGUGACAAUAGUUGGCGGGCAGUCACGGGUGGUCGACGUAGUGCGAACGAGCAGACGUCCGUCCGCCGGCGGCGGCUACAAAUCUUCCGUUUCACUCGUGCCCAGCCUCCGAGCGGUGAGAAGAGGAAACAGCACGCUCCAAAGCACGCGGCUGCGUGAUACCGGCUACUCCCGAAAUAGACCCCCCGCGCGGGGUGCCGGCCCAUCGACGUGCUUUUAG